AUGCCUACAAGCCCGCACUCAACUUACUAUGAUCGCCGCCUGCGACAGGGCCCGGCGCUUGUGCGAGCACGACGACCCUACCUUGUCAAGAACGCCGUCACCGGCCUCGGUCUUUUGGCUGUCGUUGGAAGCAUCUAUUGGUACACCCUCAACGCCGUUGGUCAAGACAACUUUGACGAUGUCAAGGUCCCCGAUGCGCCCAAGCCAACGAAGCCCACCGCCUCCAAGUAG